AGCUAUAGUGUCGCCGCCAUGAUGUUUCCUGUUUCUUUUCUGUCAUCGCAUUCCCAGACAAAAGAUCUGAGAUGGCCACUACUUCAUCGCACCUUAACUGGUUGAUCAUCCGCAACAACAAUGCUUUCUUGUUGAAGAAGCGUGAUAUCAAGAAACCAUUCUCGACUGAAGCAAACAACUUGACCAAUGUCAGCUCUUACCGCUACAGUGGUAUCGUGCACAAGAAGACACUCGGUGUUGUUCCAGCUGCCGACAAGAAGGGCUUCACAGUCGUCAUGAAGAAGGGUAAAUAUGCCCAACGUCCUGCCAAGAACACCGUCAAAGUAACCAUGAAGGCUGGUCCCAGAAGGUCUUUGAAGAAAUUGAGAAAUCUUUUGACUGACAACAAGUACCGCAAGGACUUGACUCAGGCUGCUUUGCGUCGUGCUUCCGCUGUGAUGCGCUCUCAAAAGGCCCCACAAGUCAAGAAGACCAAAAAACCAGAAUAAACGCUGCUUUGCGUCAUGCCUCCGCUGUGAUGCACUCUCAAAAUGCCCCACAAGCCAAGAAGACCAAAAACAGAAUCAACGUAUAUAAAACUGGAUUAAAAAAAAAAACUUUAUAAAAAAUAAAACAGAAGUAAAAACACCUUAAAAA